AUGCUGAUGGAUGGCGUGGAUCCAGACUCUGCAACAACGCCCAUCACCAUACCAGAUCUGGAGCACCUUUCACCGGGAACAAUCCCAAGUGAUGCCUUCCAGAAUUGGACCAGAACUCAGAUGGACAUCGAUCACAUCGAGUUGAGCCUGGAGGACACACAUUACAGAGAAGUGGGAAAAGAACUCAUCAUCGGGAUGAAGAGAUGGAUUCAGAUUCCUGAGAUAAUUUUCAAAACCAGGCACCGCUGCACUUCGAAUGGCCAGACCGAGAACACCUCUCGCCACUUUAUGAGAGACAACGUUUUGGAGAAGAUCGGUGCUGGUAGAGGCACCUCCUCCAACUAG